GUGAUCGUAUAUUUUUAAUGGCCUACAAUCCGGGGGAACAUUGGAUAUUGACAAUCAUUUGGGAAGAUGAGAUUUAUAUCGUCGACCCUUUGCCAAAACCAGUGCAUUACAAACCAUGGGAAAAUGCAGUGAUAAAUGCAGUUAAAACUUACAAUGCUGAAAAGGGGAGGGUUACCAAAGUGCCUAAGUUAAAAUUACUUCCGGGCACACCUAAGCAGCCGGGUGGAGUUGAGUGUGGCUAUUAUGUUAUGCGGUACAUGAAGGAUAUUAUUAAUGAUGACACGCUUUCGUUUUCAACCAAGUGGGCGGUAAAGGAUCGGAAAGGGUAUACCCAACAACAACUUGACGAGGUCCGCAUUGAAGUAGCCGACUACUUACAGACUCUGCUGUAGGUUCUGACCAGUUUCUUGAUUUUGAGUUAGGCUAGCUUUUAACUAACUUUUUUGUAGCAAUUAUGAACAAACAAGAAUACUAAUUGCUAGGCUAGCCUUGUAGUAUAUUGGUGCAUGAAUUGGGGUUUUAUUUUGCCCAUUUUGUAAAUUGUUAAGGAUGAUGAAUGUCGGAUAUAAUACCCCAAUUUGCAAUUUAUAAUCACAGUUCUAUUUUGUGGACAGAAUCCUCUUUAUAGAAUGUGAUGUUUAGAUAUAAAGUUGAAAUCAGUUUUAGCCAUAAAAACUGAUGUCCAGAAAUACAGAUACAUCAGUUCCAAAAUGAAAAUCGAUGUUACUAAUAUAU